CAACCUUGUGGAUUUCUAAUGAAAAUUAAAUAUUUGGCAAAUUCACUAUUCCAAAAACUGAAAUCCAAUUCAGCUGCGCUCAAACUGGUUGUGAUAAACAAAUUUUGUUCAAAAUGACAUCAAAACUUUUGGUAUAUUUCGUUGUGAGUCUCCUGAUUUGUCUGACAACUGGGUAUCAAAUAUCUCAGUUCCAGCAGAAGAAAGACCAUUAUGGCCUGAUAAAAGACCCACAGCAAGAGAACAAUGGAGAGGCGUUUUUCAACCAACGCUUUAUCCUGGUUGACGACUACUUCAAUGAAAAAAGCGAAGUGGACGAAGGAAAGCAAGUGGAACUCGUGACUUCAUCGGGUAUAGAUCUCGAAGCUCUGCAAAAGCUGGAUUUGAGUCAGAAAAACCACACAAUUUUUCUCUACACCGGGGGUCCAGGUCCGAUUGAGGAGUUCUAUAAAAACUCGGGAUACGUACUAGAGCUUGCAAAGUACUACGGGGCACUGGUGUUUUUCGUGGAGCACCGAUUCUACGGAGAGUCACUUCCCUUUGGCGAGUCUAGUUUCGAUGAAUCGUACCUUCCGUACCUGUCUGUUGAUCAAGUAACCGCCGACUACAUGUAUUUAAUCUACUUCUACAAGUACGCUCUGGGAAUCUCCGAUGCCCAAAUAAUCACGUUCGGAUCUUUCUACGCCGGGAGUUUGGCUUCAUACAUGAGGUUUAAGUAUCCGGAUCACAUCACAGGAGCGCUGGCCUCUGGAGCGCCCCUCAGGAUGGCGGAUGAAUUCGAAACCCGGUCUACAUACUGGGAAACUGUGACUUCCAUCUUCAAAGGCGGAUCCGAGGAUGGAGACAAGGUGGUAGCUCUGGUCGAGUCUGGUUUCGACACUUUGCACGAGUUGUCGACGUGGAGCCCCCGCUCGCAGGGAUAUGCUCAAAUCACCACCCUGAUGAACACAUGCGAACCUGUGAACGACAGCAACUACCAAGACCUUCUGAAGAUAAUCAGGAACUCGUUCGCUCAGCUCGCAUUGCUCAACUACCCCUUUCCCGCUAACGGGUUCCCUGCCAACACCGUAAAAGUGGCAUCGGGAAUUGUUUACGACGCCCCCAGGGACGUCGAUGCAUUGCAUGAUGUAGUGGCAUUCUACUAUGGGACGGACAAGGAUGACUGUAUUGACAUCGAGGAUCCGAUAAUUAACUGUGCUGACCCGACUGGAUGUUACAAUGGUACUCGUGGAGUUGCUUGGGACUUCCAACUUUGCUGGGAGUACUUGCCAGAAAUCGGAAGCUCUAUUGACAACUCCAUGUUUGCGAACCUUCCGUGGACAAAGGAGGACCUGGACGCCUAUUGCGGAUCGCUAUUCAGUGGACUCCCAGAAGGAGGCAGAUACCAGUGGUUCAAGAUCAACUAUUGGGGAUCUAAAGUUUUCUCGGCCUCGAACGUCAUCUGGACCAACGGACAACUGGAUCCGUGGUUCGGAACCGGAAUAAUCACCAACAGUUCCACUCCUUAUUUGAACACCUUGAGUGCCAUUCCAGGAGCUUCACAUGGUCUGGAUUUGAUGACGCCGGUUGAGGGCGACGGAAUGGGAAAAUACCGGGAGAUGGAACUCGAGCUUAUUGGACAGAUUUUGGACGGGACUUUUCCUUCUUCUUAAUUGAGCAGAAAUUUCUUGAACAGCGAAGAAAAACUGAUGCUCUGCUCCUUUAAUAAAUCAAAUAAUUAUCUAAUAAUAUCAAUUUAAACUUGAAUUAAUUUUUCUGUAGUUUUAA